AUGUCGCAAAGCUUGCUGGCACAUCUACAGCAUGCUCUGAUUCGCAUCACCACAGUGUCUCCGCGUGUACUUGCAAGUCCACCCACACAGCCACGGCGAGCGAGUGUCGCUCUAAUUUUGCGGAUUCAUCCGGCCGUAGAGGAUGAAGCGUGGCUCCAAGGCAAAUGGCAGAAUGGCGAGGUGCGCGAGGACGAUGCACACUUCUUUCCUACGAUGUCGCAGCAAGACGCGAAUGGGACGUUGAGCACCGAGGCACGCAUUCGCCAAUUUUUCUCCUUGCCAUGGGUCCAACGCGGUACGCCAGAGUUGCUGUUCAUCAAGCGCGCGGUACGUGAGAAUGACAAUUGGUCGUCGCACGUUGCAUUUCCAGGUGGACGCCGUGAUGAGGGCGACGAGAGCGACCUGUACACGGCGAUGCGCGAGACGUGGGAAGAGAUGGGCAUCGAUCUUGCCGAAAAAGAGUUUCUCCAUGUCGGGCACUUGGAGGACCGCGAGAUUACAAGCAGCCUUGGGAAGCGCCUGCUUAUGAUACUGAGCCCCCACAUAUUUUUGCAGUUGUCCCCAUUUUCGCAACCGCCGAGUUUGCAGCCGUCAGAGGUGGCCGCGUCCUACUGGGUGCCGGUAAACUUGCUAUUCACGCCUACGCCCAAGUGGGGCACGAUUGAGAUUGAUAUUGCAAGGCAUACACCGCAGAACUCGGUCAUUCGUGCGCUCCUUCGUAUUCUAAUUGGGAAAAUGGCGUUCCGCAGCAUCCUUCUUCCGAAUAUGCCCACCGCCGUUGCUGAGGACAUUGUGGACGGUGCCAUCCAAGCGGCGAGCGGCCUGCGCUCUCGCACAGAGCUCGUUGAUAAAGUUGCUACCGAGGAGGAUGCAACGCGCCUGUUGACACCAUCGGAACAAGCAUACUUUGCGCAGAACUCGUCCGCGUUGCAGCUGUGGGGACUUACCUUGGGCAUGACAUUGGAUCUGCUCGCUCACAUGACCACGUAUCAGAUACAGCAUCCGCGUGUGCCUAUGAAGCAGCCAAGCUUUGUACAGGAGCUUCUUGAAUACGCGCCUUCGACGUGGUUGAUGGGCAGGCCCGCAUCGCUCGAGCUGCAGCGCAAGGCGCCGAGUGUCUUGGAGGUCUUUCCACGUUUUAGCUAUCCAGACGUAAACUUUUGGAUUUGGGUGCUAGGAUGGCGCUACCGAGUGAUUCAGCGCGGCUGGGAGCGGAGCAUCGGGACGGAGAUGGAGCGCCGUGCGCACUGGUCGGGCCUUACGCUUGCUGCGUUUUAG